AUGUGCCUUUCCCUCGACUCUCUUGAUGAUGAUACCCUCCUUGGCGUCUUUUCUGCGUUAACAGUUCCAGAUGUGCUCAACCUGAGACAAACAUGUCAUAGACUGCUAUUCUUCUCAAGUCAGCAGAUUGUAUGGCAGAAUAUUGGUUCUUCUCAGAUAUUGCAGCAGGGCAUACCCUUCUCUAAGAAACCACUCUCGAGUUUCUCUGUUCGUGAUCUAGAGGAGAGAGUACGCCGUGCCUACCAUCUUGGGGAAGCUUGGAAAGCUCCUUCAAUUACAUUUCGCGCGUCUAGCUUCGCAGCCAGCAGGGGGGGCCCUAUUCAAGACAUCCACUUCAUUCCUGGCUAUGAUCGGAGAUGGCUCAUCACAGUUUCUCAGGGUAUCUGGUCGAUGAUCACACUCUGGGAUCGCCGUAACUUGACGCGAGUCACUUCCUGGUCCCCCGAAAAGGCUGUUUUCUCUAAUCUAGCAGUGAACACGUCUGAAGACUGUGAAGCUACUCUCGCGGUGUCAUUGCACAGAUACGACUCCGUUGUGGUUGAGAUAUUAGCUAUCACGUCUGCAGCGCCAGACUCUCCGCCGGGGUUUGAAUGCGUUGCCCGACUCAACACGUUGCGUCAACCAAUCGCUAUGGUUGGGUCCUUAGUGGCCUUAGCUGACGAUGAAGCCGAAACAAUAAUCUGGAACUGGAAAACGCAGGAGUACGCGGUCUUGCAAAGUCCCGUCGAAGCGGACCUUUGGAGGAAUAAAUGCACUCAAAUCGUCUUUGCAUACAAGACCAUCCUUGUUGUCAGAGCUCGUUCAGUUCAUGCAUUUGCAGAGCCAAAACUAGCAUCACAUCCCAACACAUGUGUCCACUAUCCUUAUGCCCAGAGCACAUUUGGCUGGGUGGACGGUAUCUUUGUCUCUAAUCCGCCAUUUUCGCCUAAGGACCCCACAAGAAUGGAGGGACAGCCUCUGUCAAUUCUCGUGCGCACGAAGAAUGAUGACCCGUGGUCAUCCACGUUCAAGAUUCAACUCUGGACUUUGAGUCCGAUGACCUCGUCUUAUCAAACUACUGUCGAUGGGCCAUACUACAAUUUUCCUCCUUCUAUGACUAAAGAAAUCGUCACCCCACGCCGGGGUGCCUUACGAUGCACCGACAUGGUGCUCGGUCCGUAUGGGACUGCAGUCUGGGUACAACCAGAAGAUUAUUCAGUUGCGGGCCUAAUCUCUUCGAACGUUCACCUGCAAAAUAUGCCUGUACCACAGUCUCACGAAACACUCGUCGCCGCUGCUUUCCCUGGAUUACUCAAUACUCAAGGUGAACCGCAGGUCAAGUCAUCCUGGAAGAAUUGUGGCAAGAAUUGGACAUGUCUUGAUUACGACGAGGAAAGAGGCUGCGUCGCACUAGGCUCGGCUGCUGGUGCUGUCACUAUCCUAGAUAUUUAA